AAUAUUAAUUUUGGCUUUCGCUUCCGCACAGUCGUCGCAACCCUCGUGGUCCGAAGUCGCUGUGCGCAUCACACCAACUCUCUUUCUAUCUCGGGUUCUUGUAUUGCCUGAAAUCCAUGGUGUUUACACAAUCUGGUGCUAAUAAUCUCUCGAAUGCAAUCAACGGGGAAGAUAAAUGUCUUAGCUGUUAUCAGGUUACUGUUUACUACUAGCUCGAGCUUUGUCAGAAAUGCUGGUUUCAGAAAUUCCUUAUCUGCUACCAUCACCACCAGGUGUUCGACCGUAUGCCUGAACGAAGCUGAAGGAUGCAUUGACGGCUCUGAUCAAUCGGUAAACAAAGUCGAAUGUGUUCAAGUGAGACAGGUUCUUAGCCCCUUGGAAGUUCUACGAAAAUGGGGUUGUAACGAGGAUGAAAUAUCAAAGCUUUUCAUUCGUAGGCCGUCUUUGCAGAGAGCCAAUGCUGCUCAGCUAGAGUUUCAACUAAGCCUUCUUACUCCAUUGGGCAUCACAUCAUCCGACCUUGUGAAGAUUGUUAAUUGCCGUCCGAGGUUCUUUAACCGUCGUGUUCACCUUGUCCUUGAUGAAAGGAUCAACUAUUUCAUGGAGGUUUUGGGCUCAAAGGAGGUGUUGCGCAAAGUCAUUAUCCGGAACCCUUGUCUCGUGUUGUAUGACCUCGAUGAAAAGAUCAAACCCGCGAUAGAGUUCUACAAAGGGUUGGGCUUUAGCCAACAGGAUCUCGUCGCAAUGUUUAUAUCCCGACCCACGUUGAUUCCAAGGACAAAUUUUAGCAAGGAGAAGUUUGAGUACAUCCAGAAAACUGGGGUCACCAGAGACUCCAAGAUGUUCAAAUACGUUGCAGCCAACAUUGGGGUUUCGAGGAUGGAGACAAUCAAAGAGAAAGUCGCAAACUUGGAAAAGUUUGGGUUCUCCGAAGACGAGGUUUGGCAUCUGUGUGGAAAAUGCCCAAUCCUUCUUACUGUAUCAGUUGAGAAAGUUCAGAGAAAUAUGACUUUCGUCAUAGCCUCUAUGAAACUUCCAGCUCGUUCAGUGCUUAAGCACCCUUUCUUGCUUCUCUUCAACCUCGAGACUCAACUAAAGCCUCGUGUGGAACUCGUGAAGAGAGUAUUCGAUAUGGGUCUAAAGCCGCUGGUAGAAGAAGUGAAAAUUGCCACAGCGCUAAGGAUGAGCGAGAAACGGUUCUUGAAGGUUUAUGUAAUGUGUCAUCCAAAAGGUGUUGCUGCUGAGUUGAUGGAAGUUUACGAGAAAGCCAAAAGUAUGAAACGUUUGGCUGAGGAAUCCAAGAAGUACGUUCGUAAAGGAUUCCCCUUUUGAAUCUAAUAAUUUUGAUCAAUCAAUAAUUCUUCCAUUCUGUUUUCUCCUAAUUUGUACAAGGUCACAUUGGAAUUGAGUUUUCUUUACUAGUUUGGUUUCUGAAUUGGUUUUUUCGGUUCUGUUCAGAUUAGUUUAAUCGAAUUAGUUUGUAAUCACGUUAUGUCCAAACGUGAAGAAAGGCGUUCUGUGUAACUAAUAUAUUUUUGACUUUUAGCUCA